AUGGUACAAGAUUUUUAUCAAUAUUACUGGUUAUUAGUGAUAAAAAUUAAAUUAAAACCUGUUUUACGCGUGAAAGAUAUUACGCGGGAAAAAGGUACAUCACUGCCAUUGGCGCGUUUGAAUAGGCCGCCCUCUCGCGAACUCCUGCGUCACAUACUGCAGCAGACGUACAAUCAGGCUGUGUCUGAUCCAGACAAAUUAAACCAAUAUGAACCUUUCUCUCCUGAAGUCUAUGGAGAAACAAGCUAUGAACUCAUCUGCCAGAUGAUCGACCAAAUAGAAAUUAAAGAGGACGAUGUAUUCGUUGAUCUCGGAUCAGGUGUUGGGCAAGUGGUGUUGCAAGUAUCUGCCGGAACUGCGAUCAAAAAGUGUUACGGUAUAGAACGUGCAGAAGUUCCGUCAAGGUACGCCCAGGAAAUGGACUCCUGUUUUAGAAGAUGGAUGAAGUGGUACGGUAAACGCUGCGGGGACUACCAGCUGAUAAAGGGUGAUUUUCUAACAGAUGAGUUCCGAGAACGAAUAAAUUCAGCUACAAUUAUUUUCGUAAAUAAUUUUGCUUUUGGACCAACCGUUGACCAUCAAUUAAAGGAGAGAUUUGCAGACCUUAGAGAUGGAGCCAGGAUAGUGUCAUCUAAAAGUUUUUGCCCUCUAAAUUUUAGGAUAACCGAUCGAAAUCUGAGUGAUAUUGGAACUAUUAUGCAUGUUAGUGAAAUGUCACCAUUGAAAGGCUCAGUGUCAUGGACUGGUAAACCUGUUUCUUAUUAUUUACACAUUAUUGAUAGAACGAAGUUGGAAAGAUAUUUUCAAAGACUCAAAAAUCCAAAGGGCACUGAUGAAAAUAAUGAAAAUUUGGCUUCAAACCAAACUUCUCGUACCGGAAGAAAUAAUCGAGCCAGCAAAUCGCCUGAUGAUUGGAAUGAUGAUACAAAUGAUUUUACUGGAGCUCGACCAACAACUAGGCGAGCAUGGACUGAUUUUUAUGGAAAUAAGUCGGACGAUGAAAAUUCACAGACUAAUGGUUCAAGUAGACCUAAAAGGGCUGCAACAAAUAAAAAGAUGAGGCGGAAAGUUACACGCAAUAGUCCAACUACUACCACUAUAAAAGCUUCGCCUACAAAUAGUACUUCAACUAAACCAGCUAAAAGAGGUCCGGCACGAGGAAGAGUACGCAAGACAAAGACUAAACGACCCUUGAAAAUACAAGGUCUUGACUUACUGCAUAGCAAGACUCUAUCCAGUACUUCUCCACAAGGUACAACUAUGAAAAUGUCUCCUGGUCGAGGCUGUGUUGAUCAGCGUCUAACAUCAUUAUCACAAGCUGCAAGUCAAGUGUCAAAUGUUUCUCAUGAAGAGCUUGAAAUUCCUGCAAGACCAAGAGAUACACCAUAUGCUCUGCAGAUUUUACUGGAUCUUUACAGAGAACAAUUUACUAGAGUGUUGGAUCAGAUGAGAGGGCCAGGUUAUAAAGAAAGUAUCAACAAGCAAAUUGGACAGGAAAAGGAACGAAAUCAGCGGCUAAUUUCUAGAGCGGCUCAGUUGGAGAAGCAAAUUCGCGUCCUUAUCGAUGACUCAGUAUUACUCUUACGAGCACGAAUGGGAGAACUUGGUAUAGAGGCUAGUUCACCAGCUGAUCUCCUCAGCAAAGCUAAGGAAAUUGUGGGUAGACAUAAAGAGUUGCAAGGCCGAGCUAGCAAGUUGCAGAUGCAGGUAAAUGAAAUUGAAGAAGAACAGAAACGCUUAGUAAAUCUCCGACUGCCAGAGGUCAUUGGCAAAUUUCGUUACAGUGGUUCAUCUGAACAAGCUGGACAACAAUCAGCAGCAAAUGCUCAAGAAUCUGUACCGGAUGCCGUAUCACAAGAAUGUAUUUUGAGAGAGAUUUGUGCUACUAUGUCACAUAGGAAAAAAUUGCGUAUGCAGGUUUACCGUCUUGAGGACGAAAUAGUUCAAUUAGAAAAGGCUGAAGAAGAAAAGAAGCUAUUGAUACAACAUAAACAACAGCAACAACAAAAUAUUGCACAUCAACAAAAUGUUUCAAUGGUGAUCUCAAACAAGGCACAAAAACCUUCUCGGAAGCAUCGGGAAAAUAGAUCCAGAUCACAGGAGUGGCCUGAUGUUCCAGAUAUAGGCAAAAUAGAAGAAAAUAAUCCUGAAAUAUUAGCUCAAAAAAUACUUGAGACAGGAAGACAAAUCGAAGCUGGUAAAUUAGCUAAGAAUAGUUAUAUGAAUGGUGAUGCUAAACUGUCAGUGAAUAGUUAUUCAAAAAGCAGUCGUGAUAGAAAUGAUAAAAUUAGAACAGUUAGUAAUAACAGCAGUUCUAUAGUUAAGCAAAAUGUAGUUAGAAGUGUUAAUCAAAAUAAUACAAAUCAUGUUAAUGUGGUCAAAAAUAAACCCCAAGAAAGUCCCAAAGUUAUAAACUUUGAGGAUCGUUUGAAAUCUAUUAUAACCUCUGUGCUGAAUGAAGAUCAAGAACAAAGGAAAGCGCAGCAAGUAACACAAGGUUAUUAUAAUACAAGUCAUCAUCAAAACUAUCAAUCUCAGAUAUAUAAUCAGAGUAGAGAUGAAAAACGUGAUUUCAAAUCACCGCAGCUUGAGACCUACCGAUACAAUGAAAAUCAACCACGGAUCCACGACGGUCGCGCGGAGCACUUGCUGAAACAGGAACCCUCUCUGUUUAGAAACGCCGAUGGCAGAUUAAGCGUUCCUCACAACCAGCCUGAUUACACACAAGUAUCUCCAGCCAAAUUAGCACUUAGGAGGCACCUGUCACAGGAAAAACUAUCACAUAAUUCUUCAACAAGCGUCCGAACUAUAGGAGAUCUAGUGAAUGGCGAGAUUGAAAGGACAUUGGAAAUAUCCAAACAGAGUAUCAUUAAUGCUGCAGUCAAUGGCAUGGUAACAGGUAGUUCGUCAACAUCUAGCAGUAUUUCAAACCGCUUAGACCGAAUAAGUGCCAGCGAAACUCAAUCACCUGAUCCGCAGCAGCACCACCAACCACAAAGCAAUUUAUCCACACUUGCUCAGGCCGCUCAUAAACACUCUAUGCAAGCCCAGCAGGAUGCAGCAGCGGUUGUGGCUGCGGGAAAGAAUUACACGCCUCUACCACGUGGAGAAGCACCUACUUGUAGAGAGUCAUACUUUGCAGAUACUCAGAAUACGGCUGCUAGCAGCGGGCCUGCAGAUAAAGGGAAUAGUAAACCAUUAGAAGGAUUGGCAGCAAGCUUACAAGCAAGGGUCAUAGCCUCACUGAAAAUUAAAGAGGAACAUGAACAAAGACAAAGACGUUUGGAAGCUACAUCUGCCUCCACAAACAGUACUUCUAAUGUAAUGAGUUCAAGUGGUAACACUAACAUUGUGUUUAAUAAACAACGAGGUUCUAAUAAUUCUGGAAUUCUCAAUAAUACUCAUGUUCACUCAUCUGGGCAUAAAAGAUCUUCAUCUCGAGAACAGCAGCCUACAAUGCACAAACGUCCUUAUGUCGCACCUGAAACCAAUAGUGCUCCACAGCAAUCAAUAUCCCUUGAUCAUGAUGAUUCUAAUUCAUUAUCAUCUCUGCGAAUGGAUGACAGCGGAAGUGUUUCUUCUAGGCAUAGACUCAAUGAUGAAGAUAUGGAUCUUACAGAUGAUAUUCCUUCGGGAUCAGACACAAAGUGGCGCGCUCGAAUAUCAUCUGGAUUUGAUAGACUGGUAGCAUUUGCAUCCACAGAAUUAGACAAAAGGCGAAGAUCUAGUGAAGAGGUUGUAAGUGGAGCAGAAGCACUUUCUGCAAAUAGUCAUCAUGGGAUUAGCGAUGAUAUUACACCUGCUGCAGAUACUUCUCCUGAUAGUGGUAUAGGCCAUGGUGAGCCAACAUUGCCCUCUCACAAUCGUCAGCACAGCCAGUCUGUUUCCUCGCGUAUUUUUAAAACGCCACUUCCACGGAGGUCCGACAGUCCUCUAGCGAUAGAUGAUAAUACACCUUCAUUACACCAUCAGCAGUAUCAUCAUCAAAUGAUGAUGUUAGGACCCCCUCGCACGCCUAGUCCUUCUUACAGUCCGCCUCCUGCGCAAAAUGCUGCCAAUAAACGAAGUGAUUCUAUUCCUCUAAGAUACCAGAGACAUCACAGCAGUGGCAGCCACCAUAGCCAACAACAUUCCCAGCUACUAGAUUCUGACAAAAAGUCUUCUUCUGUGAGUGGAGAUAUGCAACAUGAUCACCAUUUCAAGAAGAGGUUUCGGCAGCAUCAAAGGCGGGAGGAGUGGAACGGCGGUCCUUUAUGUCCUGAGCGAGAACGCGAGUUGUGGAAUGCUGAGAGACCUAUUGGAUCAGAUGGGUAUGGAGAUGGUCACACCGAAGAAAAUCGCAGAUUUAGACCAAAAGGCAAAGGCUGGGCUAGGCCUUCUUCUUGGGAUGAUGGACCUUAAUGGUGCCCUUAGGUUUUAAUAAUGGUCUAAUAGCUGGCAUA